CCACUGAAUGUUUACAGUUAGCUGAUAUGCUGUGUGUUGGUGCGGUGUAAAGUGUACGUGCUUGGACUUUAAGAUAACUUCUUAGUUCCUUGUAGUUAGGAAGUUGGUCUGUUGCUUUCUUUCGACAAUAUGUACCCAACAAGAUUACCAAUUGGAAAUAAACUGUAUGACUAGUAGAAUGGUCAUUUUUGAAAUGUUAAACUUUCGGCCCAGAGUUGGGCAAAACUGUUUAUCUGUUCUUCGGACAGGGUUACUUUGCCAUUCUAGAACGCUAAAUAGUUGUAGCAGACAUGGCGGCGGUACAUGUUUGUUGUACCUGUUGAUUGUGUUUUCUCUUAUCGUUUCUGGAAAUUGUAAAUAUUCAAGCGAUGAAUGUGACUGGAGAGGAGCUGGUCUCACAGAAGAAUCAUCGUUGCGUACAGUCAAGCAGCUUUACCUACAGUGUUCACGAGGCCGAAUUGAAUGGCGUUAUCCAAGUGGCGCUAUUCGCAUCACGUUGCAAUAUAGUCCUAAAGGCACGGAGUUCCGUGCAUGUAUUAAACCCUCGUUACGUAGUCAGGGGGCAAACAUUUAUACUGAUGUUCCUCAACAACUUCAACUUUUAAUAGCUGAUAAAAGUACGUCUUUGGACUCAAGUAUGACAUUAAAUUCAAACCAAGAGAAGAACUCACAAGAGACGCACUGUUUUCAUUCCAUAAACGGCAAAGCUGCAAUAUUUAUAGAAGCAACGCCAAACAUGCUUGCAUCUAAAAUGGUAACAGAAUUAGAAUAUAGUUUAGAACCUAUAGUACCAGAGUUGGAGCAAGACCCUUUAUCAGACUGCCGGCCAUGCAAUGAUUCGGAGCUGAUUAGAGCAUUCUGCUCGAGUGAUUUUGUUAUCAAAAGCCAAAUGCGUGAAGUUGCCCACGACACCUUCUCGAAAGAGUCUUUCAUAGAUUUAGCCGUGAGUCAUGUCUUUCGCCAGCGUGACGAAGUGUUCCGGCCGGCCAAGCACAGUCGUUACAGUGGCAUUGUUGUCACCCCACUCAAGUGCGGUGUGCGACAGGGAGAUGGUCAUUUCCUGAUGACAGGUUCCAUAGUGCUCGGGAAAGCACGUCUGGGUUGUGCCCCACGGUUUCCCCAAUUCAGGCGCAUUGCGAAAGCAAUGACAGAGAAGGGACUAAAUGAUUGUGACCUCUCUGCUGUUAUCCUAGGAUGAUAUAUUUUCAAGAGAUGAUAUAUAUUUUUGUUCAGUUAAAAUUUAUAUCAAGCUGUUAUACACUGCCUCACUGUGAAAAUAUUUCAUGUUAAUCUUCAGUACUCAGAAAACUCUUCGGUAGUUUUAAUUGGCAACCUGACCAUACAGUAGCACUAGCUACAUAGAACAUUCCAAGUUUAAAUCAGUUGUUUAUUGGAAAUACUGUGUGUAUGAAUUUUUAUAUAGCACAUGUAUUCUUAUCUGUUCUAUGAUUCAUCAUAAGUAUUUAGCUGAAUGUACUAAGAACCAUAUGCCAGAAAAUAUUCAUUUUUAUUAUUUUUUAUUAAAAAAAGUUAUUCGAAAAAAUAUAUAUAUAUUAGUUGCAAGAAAUACAUAACCUAGAAAUUGCUGAAAUCUUUGUAUAUCAUUGCAAAUGAUUUACACACGAUCAAAAUCACUUUUUUGUCUUCCAUAAGAUUCUGAACGUGUUCGUUGCUCAGGUGUAGACACCUGUUAACAAUUUAAAACAAGUCCCUUAUAUAUAUAGAAACCAACAUGCAUAAAUUCUAAACGCCCUAUGAUGCCAGUAUUUUAGCCUUCCAUUUUCUUUUAUAUUAGGGUUUUGGUGGUUUUUGUUAAUUUGCUUAGCUUCUAUAGUAUCGUACCAGUUAGCGAGUACCUCCAUUGUGUUACAAAAGAAAAUUUCAUAAUAUGUACUUGAAUUUAUAACUGGCCUCUCCAUUCAGUAGGAUAUAGAUGAGUAGUUAUGCAUACCUAUGUGAUUUCUUUAGAUUUGUAAAGCGUUUUAUGUUUAUUAUUGUAAUGAUGUCUUCAAAAGCUGUAAUGUUUCCAGCUAUUGUAUUCAAAACAAAUAUUUUUUUCAUUUUACUUAAUGCAAAAUUGUAAUCAUCCUCUUAGCAUAUUUUUUCUGUUGAACCAAUUUUAAUUUAUAGUCUGUGGCAAAUAUAAUUAAAUUUAUAGAAAUAAAGAAUCUAAUUUUAUUUGGAAGAAAAUUGACUGAAUAUUAUGUUUUAAUUUUUUUGGUUCAUUGUGGCUUAUGGUACUUAAUGCUGUGGUGACAAUUUUUUCUGAAAGGUAUUUAAUUGUUGUGGUCAUUUUAUAGAUAUAAGAAUUAUUUAUAUUUUUGUAUCUGGUGGUACAUGAUACCUAAACAGGUUGCUGUGUUUUUCGUUGCCUUUUGCUAUAUCAAUUUCCAUCCAGGGUAUCAUAUGGCAAAAAAAUGCCUGCUUGUCCAUUACCUCUUCCACCCUAUUACAUCACACACAUGUUACUAAACAAAUAGAAAAAUAACUUAAUAUUUUCCUAUAGUUCUUACCCAUCUAAAUUUGAUAUUUUUAUACGAGACAUAUGACAGCUGGUAUUAGGGCAUCGCAUCUUUAGUGUCAUUCACCUUUGACACAGUUAAUUAAAAUUUAUAUGAUUAGAAAAAUACUGUAGAUAUUAAUAUAUUUUAACUGGUGAAAUGUUUUCUCUAAUGCUUUUAAAAACCUAUUUUUAAAAAUAUCUAUCUAUAUGGGAUUUAGAUAAGUUGAUUCGUCUAGUAAGCCAAUAAUUAAUCUUCUGUUAUUACUAUAUGAGAACUGUGUGGUGGACUGCUUCCCACACUCAUGUAAGUUAAUUGCGUUGGGCUUAUUAAAUCUCAUUGUCUCAUUAAACUGAUUACAAGUCAACACUUGCUGGAGUAAUUAAUCUUUGAAUAUUCUGCCUUCAGAAAUAUGAAAAUGUACAGAUGUGACUUGUACAAAAGUCACAUUGUAAUUUGUUUAGUAUGUUCUUAAUUAUUUUGUAUUACAAAAUAAUUGACAUCUUAAAUAAUUUAUAAACAAUUAAUGUGAGAAGGUUUUUAUUUAUACAAUGAAAUAUCAAAGCUUUUAUACCUGCCAAAGAAUUUUUGUGAAAUAGAAUGAUCUCUUCACCAACAAUACCAACACAAAUUUUAAUACAUAUUCCCUCACAUAUUACAUUGUGGCCAGACUACUUAAGAAUAUUAUGUAAUACUUAGUUAUUUUUUGAUGUUUAUAAAGAUAUUUUUGGUAUUUUACUGUACUGUUUUCAAAAUAUUGUGUUUAAAGUUGUGUUAUUAAUUACCAACAUAAUUAGCUAUUAUUUAAGGUGUUUUGGAAAUGUUGUGUUCCUUUUACAUUUAAAUAAUUUAAGACAAGUUAAUUCCAUUCUUGUGACCAAACACUAAUUGUAAACUAAAAUUUGUUGGUUUCUUGUUUAAAUUUUGAUGCUGCAAUAAGGCAUCAAAACAGUUGUGUUCAAAGAGUAUGUUAUUCUGGAGUUGUAUAUACUGUAUAUCUUUAAUAUUAAUAUUAUUUUGAAGAGUAUUAUCUGUAAAUAUGCAAUAAAAAAACAUUAACAAAUUAA